CUGGCAUAUGUAAACAAAUCAUGCCGCAGUUAAAAUUGCUCACCUCUCUCUCCUUAGGAGAAGUCUCUUUAUUCCAAUACCUGUCUAAUCAUUUUGCUCCUAGAUAUUGUCAGUAGCACAUUAAAGCAGGAUUAUUAUUCUCAGGAGAAUAAUUACAACAGAGACCUGGUACACUUACAGAACCAUGUUACUACUUUACAUUUGUAAAGUAUUGCUGUUCAUUUUAUCAGCAACUAGUGGUUCAUUAUCAAUCGAAUGUUUCAACUGUUCUAAUGUCCUCAACUUGAGCGAAUGCAACACAACUGUCACAUGUAACGAUGGACAGGUAUGCUACAAAAGUCAAGGAAAGACCGACCAAAUAAUGUACGAUUUUGGAUGCGCUGACAAACUUAACUGUGCGAGCAGCAACUCACAAAAGCAAAAUGUAUCGGAGCUAUUUCAAGCAGAUUCCUGUUUUGAAUGCUGUUCAGAAAACAAUUGCAACAAACAUCUGUGUGAAAAACUUUCAGUUUGCAAAGACAAGUCUUUAGAGUGUGCUCUUCUGAACUCAACAAUCACCAUUUGUGAAAAUGCAAAAGAGGCUAAAAUAAUUUGUAAGAAAUACUGCAAUCUCUGUCACAUUGUUGACGGAAAAUGGUCAAAGUGGUCGGAGUGGGCAAAAUGUGACGUCACCUGUGGAAAUGGAUCACUCAUACGUCAUCGUGAAUGUGACAGUCCGGCACCUAAACAUGGCGGUCUUGAAUGCCCCGGAGAUGGUAUUGAUAAAAAGCCAUGUUUUGCGCAUUUAUGUCCUGCACAUGGUGGCUGGAGUAAAUGGGAGGGCUGGGAAGAAUGUUCAGCAACAUGUGGUGUAGGAAUGAGGAGUCGAAAACGAUCGUGUACCAAUCCACGUCCACAUCGAUUUGGAGAUCACUGUUUUGGUGACAGUAUCGAAGAUAAACUAUGCAAUACAAGAUCUUGUGCAGCACAUGGUGGCUGGAGUAAAUGGGAGGAUUGGGGAGAAUGUUCGGCAACAUGUGGUAUAGGAAUGCGGAGUCGAAAACGAUCGUGUACCAAUCCACGUCCACAUAGAUUUGGGGAUCACUGUUUUGGAAACGGUAUUGAAGAUGAAAUGUGCAAAACAGGAUCUUGUGCAGUUGAUGGUGGCUGGACCGAGUGGAGUCAAUGGAGACAAUGCCCUGUUUUAUGUGGGGUAGGACUUCAAAGCCGUACACGAUCAUGCACAAAUCCAUCUCCAGCAAAUGCAGGCAAGCAAUGUGUUGGACAAAACUUCGACGUUAAACUGUGUUAUAGUGGGAUUUGUGGUGACUAUUAUGAUAUCUAUAUUAAAGCUUAUUAUACAUAUACAGGGAGGUAUGACGGUGCUCUAUAA